AUGAUAUCUAGGUCAUUCCAUGGACUCAGAAGUGGGAAUAAGAACCAAAGUAUAUCAUUCGUUAGAAACUUUUCUAGGUUACUAACUAAGGAUCCUAAUGACAUAACUGUAUCUGAACUUCAAUCCAUACAACAAGAAUUAGAACAGCAAGAAACACAAUCUGAUGAUACAAAUUCACGAAUCUCAUUACUUGCAAAGAUAAGCAAUUCAAAUAAUCUCGAGAAACAAUCAUUAGUGAAUGAGAUCAUCCCUUCAUUCUCAUUAUUCUUUAAGUUAAGCAAACAUGAAGAUAAUGUGAUAACAACGAAUGAGAUCUUAAGUCGAUUAAUUGAGAUAAAUCCAGGUAGAGUUCAUUCAUCGUGGGAUUUGUUUAAACAAUAUGAAAACGGAUUGAUUCGAGGUGUUAGUCCCGAGUUGGUUAAUCAAUUAUUACGUAAAUUGAUUCAUGGAGAAAAUUACGAACAACAAAAUCAAGAAGAAGAUGAAAAAUAUGUGAUCUCAUUGGAGAAUUGUCAAAAGAUUGAUUACUUAUUAAAGACUCAUGUGGAGAGUCAUGAAUAUGUAAAGGAUAGCAUAAGUCUGUUGGUUGAUACAUUGAUUGAAAAUGACUUGUUGAUUUAUUUAACUUUAUUAAUCAAGAAUAAUCAACUUAAGAUUUUCAAUAGUCAAGUUAUUCAAGAUUUUCUUAACAAAGAUACCGUUGCAGAUGUAUCAUAUUUAACAUUAUUUCAAAUAUUAUUCCAACAAGAUCCCAAAUUAUUAUCAAAGCAACAAUUAGUGGAAGCAUUAAAUAUCCUUGAACGUCAUUCAGUUGAUUUUUUCAUGGUUCAUAAUAAAAAGCAACAGAAAUUAAUAGAAGGUACUAAACAUGAAUCUUCUAUAGACUUAUCCCUUGAUCCUAAACAAUUAGAAUUAGAUAUCGUAUCAUACAUUGAAACCAAUCAUUUGGAUUUAGAUAAGACUCCUGAAAGUUUAUUGAUUAGAUUAAAGUUGAUUGAAUAUUAUGGAAUUGAAGUUAAUAAUCUCGAUAAAACCUUAAAGAAAUUCCAUACUUAUCAAACUCAUGAAAAAUUCGGUAUUGAAUUUAUUCAAAUCAAUCUUGUCAAGAGUUUUAUUUAUCAAAGUUUUGAUCAAAAUGAUGAAACGUUCCUUAAAGUUGGAGAGACUUUAAUCCCCCAAGAUGAUCAAAUCGCUGUCAAAGUUUUACAAAUGUUAAUCAUUGGUCAUUCUAGUUUUAAUGAUGAAGCAAGUUUAAAACUCUAUAAUGACUAUAUCCAAAAAGUUCCAAAACAGAUCAAUAUCCAUACUAAGAGAUCACCCGCUGGUUUAUUAACCGAGUCAUUAAUCGUUGCAAAUCUCUACAAUAAUGAUCGUAAUUUCGCUCAAUUGAUUCUUGAUAAAGCCAUUGAGAAUAGUAUCUUACACGAUGAGUUCGAAAUCACUCAUAUCAAAACUUGGUUAAAGAAAUAUGGAGAGUCAUUUGUUGAUGAUGAUAAUUGGAGUUUAGCCAAACCUAUAUUUAAGAGUCAUAUUUUAAAAUAUGUUAAACUAUUAUAG